ACUCCAUCUGGUUCUGAAUGGGGACGUGUCAACAAGGACACAGGAAGCAAUCCUCAUGGUUACCUUCCCACUCACUAUGAGAAGGUUCAGAUGCUCCUUAGUGACCGCUUUCUUGGUUUCUACAUGACUCCUGAUAAUGGUCCAUGGAAUUACAACUUCAUGGGGGUCAGACAUGCAUCCGGGAUGAAGUAUGGAGUGAAGCUUGGGACACCUAAGCAGUAUUAUCACGAGGACCACAGACCAACCCAUUUCUUAGAGUUCAGUAAUAUGGAGGAAGGGGAGACAAUUGCCGAGGGAGAUCGAGAGGACACAUUCUCUUAGUUUAAACUUGUCAGAGAAUAUGUUGUAUUUUUUUGUUGGAUAAUCAUUCUAGUUUUUUCUUGUAGAAACGAUGUAACAGAUUUGUUAACAUGUCAACAUAAUAGCCUGACAGAUGUAAUCGAGCCUUGUAUUUGCUUUCACAAUUAGGUUUGAGGUUUUGGAUUUAAAUACUAAGUUGAGAUUUUGUCCAAGCA